AUGAUAAGAGUACUCAAAGCCUUGUACGACAAGGCGUCUUUCCGAGUGAGAAUCGACACUCAGCUUACGGAGCCGAUACAAAUCACCCAGGGUGUGCUUCAGGGUGAGAUUCUUAGUCCCCUCCUGUUCAUCCUGUUUAUCCAUGACAUUGACAUGUUUAUGAAGCAGAACGCCCUGCAACGUACUCUCAACACCCUGCUAAAAUACAAUCAACUCAAUCAGCUCAACUUGAACGUACAGAAGACGAAAAUUGUAAAAUUCAGUGACCCUGGAAGGUGCAAGAGUUUAAAAUUCACCUAUGGCAAUUCUGAAAUCGACAUCGUGAAAAAAUACACAUAUCUUGGUGUGGUUUUCUCUUCCUCUGCUCUGGGCUAUCAGGCGGCGCUUAGCUCUACAAGCAUAACUAGAAUAGCCUGCGGAACAGCUUCCUCUAUUCUUGCUAGAACAAAAUCGGUGGACUGGCCUUCCAAGGUUAAGAUAUAUGAUAGCCUUGUAGCCUCGGUUAUGUUGUAUGCUGCCCCAAUCUGGGGCUUGAGACACAUUGAUUUACUGGAGAGAACGCAGAUGUUCUACUUUAAGAGGUUAUUCCAACUCCCUAGACAUGCAUCAAAUUCAGCCAUGCGUCUAGAGAUGAAUAUCCUCCACGUUGAGUACCAGUUGCUGGUGCUAGCCCUUGCAUGGAUCAUCAAGGUGCUAGAGAUGGGUGAGGAACGACUGCCGAGGAGGUGCUUAUUGCGACAAAUUCAGCUGAUGAUGACCACCGAAAUACCCGUUAAGUACAAUUGGACAUCUCAAGUGAACGAAAUGUUGAAGAAGAUAAAUUAUGAGUACCUCUGGUCUUCAGUGGACCCAGUAGCCUGGUCUCUGGCUAGGGACGGCGUCCUGGCUGAUUACUCGCAGUUUUUGCGCGAUCGUGACCUCUAA